CGAAACUCUAGACCUCAUCUCGCCAUGGAAGCGACCCUUGCCGCCUCCGUCCCCAUCCAUGGCGGCCGAUCCUCACUCUCUCGGCAUCGUAUCUCGAUGAAGCCCCAUUUCUAUUCCCCGAAAACCCUCCUCCGCUUCCCGGCUUCCAGGCUUUCAAGGGCCACCAUGGCAGUUUCCUCCACCGAGUCGAACCCACUCCGCGCCGCGGCCUCCGGCGCCGUCGUCCUCGCCGCCCUUCUCUCCGCCGCAUUCCGUCCUCCUCUCGCCCGCGCGGAUCCCUCCGCGGCUACUCCUCCGGCGGUCGAGGUGCCCGCGGACACCGAAUCGGACCCCUCCGUCGCCUCUCAGCUUCUCCGCUCUCUCCUUUUUCGAAAGCUCGAAUCCGGGGACGACUCAGAGGCCCUCGCCGCCAUCGGCCAGCUCAUCUCCGCCCAUCCGGACGAAACGGAGUGGAAACUCCUGGCCGCUCGGCUUUUCCGCGAGACGGGCGAGGUCGCAGAGUCCCGCCGUCUGCACGAGGAGAUCCUCGCCGUCGAUCCGCUCUCAUUUGAGGCUCUCUUCGAGAACGCGGUCCUCUUGGACCGGUGCGGAGAAGGGGACGCGGCGAUCGAGCGACUGGAACAGGAAUUGUACCUCGCGAAGGAAGAGCAGCCGGAGAAGGUGGCCAGGGGCGCGCGGCUCAUCAUGGCCCAAAUGGAAUUCUUGCAGAAGAAACCGGAGGCGGCGCUGUCGAGCUACGAGGAGUUGGCCAAGGAGGAUCCCGACGACUACAGGCCGUACUUCUGCCAGGGAGUGAUCUGUAGCUCGUUGAACCGUAAUGAAGAGGCAAGGGAGAAGUUCUCCAAGUACCAUGAACUUCUUUCACUUAGGAAAUUAAAUUGAGGUGGAUGAAUGGAUGAAUGGAUUGUUGCAGACGCUUGAAGGUUGAUAGAUUCACUGAAGCACAGCCGAGGUACAAGUUUUGUAAGUCGAAGUUAAAAUGAAUUAUUAAAUCGCGAAACAAAUGUUUAAGUUCUUGAAUUUAGUUCCUUUAAAUAUUAUCAGCAGAUUAUGUGUAAGGUGACGUUUGAUCUCUCUUAUGAAUCGAAAUGAGAAUGUGUAUCAUAGUAUUAUGGAAUAUGAA